UCACACUGGUCUUCACAACAAAAAAAAACACCGCCGCCGCAGCCGCAAUAAUACAAUUUUUAAAAAAAUCGGUUGCAACGGUUAAAUGCACAAUUAGUGUUUCGAGCAUAAAAGUGUUCUUCCGCUGAAAAAUCGCCAAAAAUAGAGCCCGCCAAUCGAGUGUUUCAAAUAUUGUGCAAGCAUCUACACAGAAGAAAAGAGAAAAGUGCAUUAAGGCUGCUGCUGGCGCGGUCGCUGUUGCAGGCCCAGAGUCAAUUCCGAUUUUCUUUCGACCAAAUCGUGUUCGUAGCAGAAGGAAGCCAACGCAACGAACGGUGGUGGGGUGAUAGAAACCAGUUAAACCUAACGAAUUUCAAGCGAGGAAAGAGCUAUAACUAAUCGACACAAUGGGUCUCAAAGGCUGCUGUUCGUGCGUCAAAUAUCUGAUGGUCCUUAUAAACAUUUUAUUUUGGCUCAUCGGACUGAGCAUCGUGAUCACAUCCGUUUGGAUGCUGACGGAUCCCACAUUUAUGCUGUCGAUGACACAAUCCUAUAAUCACUAUCAUAUAGCACUCUACGUUUUUCUGGGCAUCGGCAUACUGAUCACACUGGGCGCAUUCUUUGGCUGCUGGGGCGUUUGUCGAGAGUCGCAGUGUCUGCUGGUAUCGUUCUUCUGUGUGAUACUUAUUGUGAUGGUGGCACAAAUCGCAGCUGGUGCCUGGGCCUUCCACAACAAAGACAAACUGGACGACAUUGUGCGGGCGGCGGUGAAAUCUUCGGUGCAGGAGGAGUACGGCCAGUCCACCAUGAGUUCCCGCACGGUAACCUUUGAUACGCUGCAGAAGAAUUUGAAGUGCUGCGGUGCGGAUGGACCUGGGGACUGGGCAACGAGUCGCUUCAAUAAUGUGGAUCGCACUAAUAUUGUGGAAAUCGCCGUGUCUUCCAUGAACGUCUUCUACAACAUACCCGAGUCCUGCUGCAAGGAGAACCUCAAGGACAAUGAAUGCGAAUUGUCGCGCCGCUUAAAGUUUGGUGGCCCCUUGAACACGGCCAUCUACCAGCAGGGCUGCGUUGAUAAACUGAUUGAGAUCAUUUACGAGAAUUGGGUCACCAUUUUCGCCAUCACUGCUGCCGUCAUACUGCUGGAGCUGCUGUCGCUGACCUUUGCUCUGAGCCUGUGCUGUGCGGUGAGGAAUCAGCACUACAAGGCCUGAGAAUUACAGAACUCCCAUAGGGAAAUUACAGACGAUGAGAAGUACUAACAAACCAAAUCGAAACGGAUGCAUAGCAAGCAUUACUGAGAGGACAUGCGAAUGCAAAUGGGAAUGGGGGGAAACGUGUGCAUUUAGCUGAAACUUCAAGGCAAAACGAGGAUAAUGUCCGUUGUUCCCUGGUCAAUACUUUAACAACAACACAAUUUUGUAGUACUUUUAACAACAAGAAGAGCAGCAAGCGUGAAGCUAAUGGAGCAAUUUGAAUUUGUAUUUGUGGUGGAGCGUUGACACCUUUAGGAGUUUGUGGCGCAACGUUUUUGAAGCACAAACCAUACAAAGUCACACCGAUAGACAACAUCCACUUUAUAAGAUCUUGAUAUGCAAAACAAAACAAAAGAACACAUACACUUUUCUAACCAAAUAUUUCUACAACAAGAAAACACAAACACAGAGAGUAAACUUUAUACAAUACAUGUACGAACCGCAUAAAGCAGCAGCUCCAUAAUAUUUAGCAUAAUGGGAAAGUUUUCGAAUUCAUAGAUACAUACAAUACAUGCUAUAUAUUAAAUAUAUAGAGCAAACGUAAGCACAAAGUAUAAUGUUAAUUGCCAAAAUCUAAACAAAACAAAAUGAAAAGCAAUCAAAUUUCGUUCAAAAUUUGUUUCUCCCAAUAAGACUUUCGAUUACCAAUUAAGUUGAUUUGUGGCCAUUUUUGUAUGCUAUUAUGCUAAAGCAAAGCCAAAUUAUAUAAGUAUAUACAUCUACAUACAUACAUCUAUAUAUAGUAGUGGCAGUAGUAUGUAUAUAUGUAUGACGACAGCAUUCCACAAGAAUGAGAAUGAUUGACAGAUUUUUGUUCUGGUUAAAGACGCAUUGCCAUCCAAAGACCCAGCCCAAAACAUAUAUUCAAAUCAUUUUUUUAUCUUGUGUAAAAUGUUGUUCAAGAAACAUGACCCAAAAACCCCCUAAUUCGAUUCGUUGAGCUUCACGAAAUUAAAUGCCAAAUAUCUUAUGUAUUUACAAAAUUGUAUUUUUUAGUUAGUUGGUCAAAAGCGAAAUUUAAGAAAAUAAUCAGUAAAUGUGGGCCGUUCGGUUGACUAAGAGCCGCUCUGUAAAAAGUUACUACAUUAAUGGUAUUCUAGUAACUCAUUUUCAUUUGAUUUUGUUGAUUUCGAAAUAUUUAUACGGGAAUCGGGGAAAGAGUAUGAUUUUGACUUAAAGUUGAUAUUUUGUAUUAAUUUGGAACAGCCCCUACUUGGCGAACUAUUUUCCUCUUCAAGUCUAACCAAAGCUAAUCAAAAUUAGUUUCAGUUAUACCAUUGUAAUGGAAGCUAAAUAGAGCUCUGUACCUUUUGAUAUAACGUUGAAUUUUGACCAUUCUCGAAACCACGCCCACACACGUACACUCGAAACGAAUUUUGUAUAAUCCAUCUUACCUGCAUCGAAAUGAAUAUUAUUAUUUACGAAUCAUUGUGUAAGUGCAACUAUUUAUAUGUAUGAGUAAAAUCAAGAGAGCAACAUAAACCACACAAAAUGUUAAAUGGAAAGUACACACAAAUCGAAACGAAAAUCUCUAUAUAUUUACAUUGUAUUUUUACCAUACACCGUAAACUAAUUCAAUGAUAGUAUACGUAUAUUUUUUGUACUAUUUUCAUUUUAUUGUUGUUAAAUGUAUGUGAAUUUUGUUGUUAGUUAAGCGUAGCCUGAGCGUCACACUUUGUACCCCCUCACAGCGUUUAAAUAAAUCAAAUCUACAAGAACCCAUCCAAGGACAAAAUUAUAUUAAAUUUACAAAGAUGAAGCAAAAACAAAAACCAAUAUUAAGUAAAUAAAUCUAUAUUGUAUUUAAAUGUA